AUGUUUAGGUCUUUGUAUCUCGUGAAAAAAUAUUUGCAUGGUAUUUGGCAACAAGUGAAAGAUUUGCAAAGUGUUAAUUUCGUUUCAACAUUAUUCACUGUCGUAGUUCAAAAACAUUUGUCUAUAAGGUGCCAUUCAGAUCUUAUCAAAAUGCAAAUAAUCUUAAUUACAAUCACACUUCAACAUCAUUUGGUUUAUUCAAUCGAGUGGUUUAUUCCUGCACUUGAAUUGCAUUUCCUGAACAUCAUUUUCUACGAUUCACUCAAGCUCCUAACUGUGACUGAAUGGGUUGAAAAUUUACCUGAAACAGAUAAAAAGCUUCAACAACACAUUGUUUGUGCAAUGAAAUCAUCCAAUGAUCUAUUAAUCUAUUGGAGAUUAGAACUUGAAAAAGCUUUAUCUGAAACUAAUAAAUUAGAUUAA